AUGCCUCCUCUACCACCAAAGGCCGAAGAGAUCAAGUGGCACGAAGAGGUUUUCACAGCUCUCCAUGCUCUGAUGGUUGGAGCCAUUCUCAAUGUGUUGGUUUUUGUGCAAAUGGCAGCUGGCCGAAAGGACAAUACGAGCCAAGGGAGCAAGUCAGCAUCGUCUCCUUCAUCUGAAUCCGAAGAUCCAAGACCUGAUGUUGAGUUAUUUCUAUUUGGGAUAUCUUUUUUUCUCUAUCUUGUCCUCAAGGGUUUUCAGAUUGCUAUACCUUUUUCUUGGUUUGAAACGAAGAAAUAUCUAGAUGAAGUAGCUUUGUUAGUGGGAGCAAUUUCCAUGGCUGUCCUUUUGGCCACCAUAACCCUUUCCUUUACGCUUUGCAUAGCUUUACCUGCUAUAGUGCUUAUGAUUGUGGGUAGGGUUUCUCUAGGAGUUGGAGCUCUUGAGUGGGCCUAUGUAAAACUCCUCCAGCUUAAGAAAUAUGGCCAUCUCUCUCUCUCUUGGUUCCGUUGGGUUAUGGCUAGAGUUAGGGUAGGCUUUUCUUAUCCUAGUCAAGGUCAAAGACAUGCCAUUGAUGCAGCUAGCACUGAAAUUAUACACCGAAGGGAUUACUGGAACAAGAGGAUUCUUGCGGCAAAGAUCAAAGCUGACGAAGAGAUAGCAAGAAGAAAUGCAGAAGAGAUAGGUGACAAGACAGCUCUUAAUACUUCUGACCAUGACGCCAUUAUACGUUUUAACGAGAGAGAGAGAGAAAUGAGGGAACUAGACUUAGAGGCUGGGCGAAACCGUGACUCAGAGACUGGGAACGAUGGCUAA